AAGGGCACGUGAAGCAUGGCGGAGCCGGCAGAAGAAAGUCCCGACGACUUGAUCAUGAGCGAUCAUGUUAUGAGACUCGCGUUUCACCCUGAAAACGAGAUCAUCGCUGCAUCUUCGGUGUCGGGUGAAGUUUGUAUCUGUCAAUACUCACUUCAAGGAAACCAUCAGCUUGCCCUUCUUGACCAUCACAAGCUAUCAACGCGUGCACUGCAGUUUUCUCUUGACGGGAAGUCCUUGUUCAUGGGAUCCAAGGAUACUUCAGUCUCAUGUUAUGACAUGAACGCGGGAAAAGUGUCGGGGGUAAUGAACAACGCUCAUGAGGCUCCCGUGAACGCGAUGCUGGUCAUGGACGAUAAGUUUCUUGCAACUGGCGACGACGAAGGCGUCAUAAAGCUUUGGGACCUGAGACAGCAGCGAUGCUGCCACGAGCUGCGGGAGCACGAGGAUUAUAUCUCGGAGAUAACGAUGGCGAGCGAUGGAAAGACGAUGCUCUGCACGGGUGGUGAUGGAUACUUGAGCGUAUGGAACCGGAAGAGCGGGAAACUGAUCGCAAUGUCGGAUCAGAUGGAGGAUGAGUUCUUGUCGAUCUCGAUUGUGAAAAGGGGGAAAAAGGUUGUCUGCGGAACUCAGAGCGGCAUCCUUGCGAUCUUCUCCUGGGGCGACUGGGGCGACUUCAACGAUCGUUUUGUGGGACACCCGCAGAGUGUGGAGAGCAUGGUCAAGGUUGACGAGGACACACUCAUCACGUGCUCUGAAGACGGAAUCAUCCGGGUGAUAUCUGUGAUGCCCAACAAACUUCUGGGCGUCAUUGGAGAACACGAUGGAUGUCCGGUAGAACACAUUCAGAUGUCACAUGACAACAAGUUCCUUGCUUCUUCGUCACAUGACAACACGGUAAGAUUCUGGAACAUUUCCUACCUAUUCGAAGAAGAUGUUAGAGAGCAAGUCAAGUCGACUUCUAUUUUUUGA